AACAUCCUUAGAGACUCUCACAAAAGAUAAAUCAGCGGGGGAGCAAAUGGAGCAGCAACAGAAACAGAAGAUUUCUGGAGUUCGGGAACAGUCACAGAACCUGUUGACCCACAUCACAUCGGUAUUUGCUGAACUGCGCCAGAUUCUCAAUGAGGAAGAGCAGCGCUUUCACAAGGAACUCCGGGAAGAAGAGGAGAGCGUUCUAAACCCAAUGGAGAAUAAUCUACGAGAGAUUCAAGAGAAGUUAAACUCUAUUCAAGAGCAACUCCUAAAGCUGCAGGAGCGGAUGAAUCAAAUGGACAGUUUGAUAUUUCUGAAGGUAAGGAGUUACAUAUUCACUUUGAUUCAGUAUAAGGGCACAAUCACAAAAUAG